AUGUCGAAUAUGGAAAUGAUCUAUAUGAUGCAAGUAUCCCUUUAUUUACCAACACUAAAAGACAUUUUGACUUUCAUUUCAAUCAAUAAAAAGUGUCAAGAUGCUGUCACGUCACUAAAAGUGAAUCCCUGGUUCUCCAAAUCUGGUGACAUUGAAAAUUUUUGUGCUUUCUUUUCUCCUGAUACAGUGAAUUGCAAUUCUUUAGUUGUCUCACUAAAUGUUUUAGAAAAAGCUGUUUACAUUCGAAACUUUCAAAUUUUUACGACUGAAAUUGACCAACUCAAAGACAAAAAUAUUGCCGAAAAAAUCACUUCUUUAAUUAUCGUUGAACCACCCAAAUCCGUUGGCACAUUUCAAGAACUUGGUGUUGGUAUAAAAAAGGACUUUUAUGAACUGCUCUACCAAUGGAAGAUACCAAAUAUAGAAAUGCCAUUAAAUUUGUUUAAUGAAUGUAUAGCAUGCUUUGAACAUAACAACAACGCUAAUAGAAACGGUACUUAUUUUCCUAAAAAGGUGUUAUUGCAUGUCGAUUCAAUGGGUUCCGAUUUUGACACUAAGACAUCAGAAAUGUACGUAAACAUCAAUUCGGCUGCUCAAAAGUAUGAUGACAAUCAAAUCGUUAUUGACUGGACUGACACCACUGAGCCAAACAAAGUACUUUUGACUCCAAAUUGCAAAAAUUACACACAUGUAAUAACACCAAAAACAUUUCAAAAUUUCAAACCACUGUAUAGAGAAAGACUCAUUGCUAAAAUUGGUGGAUAUGACGAUGACGAAUACUUCAAAACGAUUGUUAAAAUUUUUAACGUGUGUUGUUCAACACAUCUUGAAAUUCAAACUAUGGGUGAUCUCUCAAAUUUGGUUAUUCCAGAAUUUGUGAAAGACCUCAGUGUUUCACUUUAUACACACGAAAAGCAUAUUGUUUGGUUACCUUGUAAUAUGAAGAUUGAAAGUUUUUCGUCUUUAAACGUUAACUUGAUCUUUACAGAUGUCAUUCCAACAGUCAAAACAGUCAAAGCAACAAAGUCGACGUUUCUGUUACAAAAAGAAACUCCAACAGAUACGAAAAAUAAAGAGUGGGUGAUGGAUAACAACUUUCCUUUUCCAAAUGUCGAGGAAAUAGAACUCCAUGAGUGCUCUGAUUUCGAUUUUAAAAUACCAGAAAAAUUAACGACGUUCAAUGUGUGUGAUAAUUCAAAAAACAUCACAACGGUUGUUGGGCAAAAUUGCGAACAUUUAAAUAUCGAAAAUGUUACAAAUUCAUCAUUUUGCAUUGACUGUAACAAAUUUGACACAUUUUCCUUUAAACAGUGCAACAACACAAUUUUUGAGUUUAUUAACACAAAGCCAAAUUCAUUGGAUUUGAUAUUUUCAGAGUGUUCGACCCCUACAAUUGCCGUUGAAAAUAAUACAAUAAAAAAACUUAUAUUAAAGAAAUGCAGUGGUGUGAAAAUGGCGACAAAUGUUGAAAUAGGCGAAUUUAUUGUUGAAAAUACAAAAUUCAACAAUUCAACAAAAUGUACAGCAAAAAGUGUUUUUCUUAUUAACAUUACAGAGUUCCUUCCAAUUGAUUUUACUUACACAAAACAUCUGAAACUGUUUGACGUCUAUCAGUUUUCGUUCAACACAACUUUUGAUUAUUGUGAAAUUUUGGAAGUCGCGUUUUGUAAGCAUUUGGACUUCAUUUUUCACAAAGAACAUUUAAAAAACAUCAAAAUUGAGUCUUCACAUAAAUUGGUGUUUUCUGGUGAAUUUCAUAGCGUGAAAAAAAUGUGUCUUAUUGGCAAAGUGUCUGUUGAGUUCCCACAAAACACGAAAUUUCCAAUUGAAAAUGUUGAAACAAACGAAGAAAUUGAUAUGAAUGAAGGUAUGGCGCUAUCACAAUUUAAUGAAAUUAAA